GUGUCCGCGAGCCACCUCCGCGGCGCUAUAAAGUGCGGUGCCGGGGGCGUCGCGGAGCGGGCGUGACGGGCGGGUGUGAGGGGGUGCAUCGCUGCCGCCAUGGGGAACACCGUGGCCAGAGAGGAUUUCGAGUGGGUCUACACGGACCAGCCCCACGCCGACCGCCGCAAGGAGAUCUUGGCUAAACAUCCAGAGAUAAAAGCGUUGAUGAAACCAGACUACAACCUGAUCUGGGUGGUUGUGCUGAUGGUUCUGGCGCAGUUGACUGCAUUUUAUCUAGUUAAAGACUUGGAUUGGAAAUGGGUAGUCUUCUGGGCAUACGUGUUUGGAAGCUGUAUUAGCCACUCCAUGACUCUGGCUAUUCAUGAGAUCUCUCACAAUAGUGCCUUUGGCAACAGCAAAGCCAUGUGGAAUCGAUGGUUUGGAAUAUUUGCCAACCUCCCUCUUGGUCUCCCAUACUCCAUAUCCUUCAAGAGAUACCACAUGGAUCAUCAUCGUUACUUGGGAGGUGAUGGAAUUGAUGUGGACAUUCCUACCAACUUCGAAGGCUGGUUUUUCUGCACCCCAUUUAGGAAGUUCAUGUGGAUUGUUCUACAGCCUUUUUUCUAUGCGAUUAGACCACUCUGCAUCAAUCCCAAACCCAUUACUCGACUUGAAGUAAUCAAUUUGUUGGCUCAGCUUUCCUUUGAUGUUGUGAUCUAUUAUUUAUGGGGAGUCAAAUCCAUUUUUUACAUGCUUGCUGGUUCAGUACUUGGACUUGGGUUGCAUCCAAUUUCAGGACACUUCAUAGCUGAACAUUACAUGUUUUUAAAAGGACAUGAGACCUAUUCCUACUAUGGGCCACUUAAUUUGCUCACUUUUAAUGUUGGCUAUCACAAUGAACAUCAUGACUUCCCCAAUAUUCCUGGCAAGAGCCUUCCAUUGGUGAAGAAAAUAGCGGCUGAAUACUAUGACAACCUGCCCCAAUAUAACUCUUGGAUAAAAGUACUAUAUGACUUCGUGAUGGAUGACACAAUCAGCCCCUAUUCACGCAUGAAAAGGCAAUUAAAGGGUGAAGUGAAGCAAGAUUAAACUUCUGGCAACCAAAAAACUUUGAAAUGUCUGCUUGCUUUAAAGUGGCUGGUAUAAAGGUCUCUUGCUAAAGCUGUUCACCUGUGUCCUGAAUUAAGAUGUACAGCAACAUAGCAAUGCAUCCUUAAGGACUUUGUAGCAGACUCCUACCAGCUAUAACAUUCCUCACAGUCCUCAGAAUUGUUGGUUUAAUGUGUCUCUGUUUGCCUAAGGAUCAGUGUUAUAUGCAUAAUGCAAAAUCACUUUGUUACAGAAUUUACUUUGCUAGGUGUUAAAUUGAUAUAAAAUAUGUCUGACUCAUAAUAUUUUAAAAGUUCCCAAUGUAGUAUACUGCCCUCAACAUGCUAUUUAGAUGACUGUAGUUUUAAAAGGCUGUACUUACCUGUUAAUUCUGAACUAACAUAAUUUGUUAACUUAAACCUUCUGUUGAAAAUGUUUCCAAACUUAUGGUUGGAAGAGCUAAAUUUGCACAGAAAUGUUAAGUCUGCUUUUGUUUAAAUAUGUAAUAUGUCAUUUGAAGCAUUGCUUUAAAGUUUUAGCUUUUCUACUUAAAGUACCUUAAAGGAGCAAUCUAUCAGAAUGAAACCAGUAUCCUCGAGAUGGCUUCUGUGACUUCUUUGUUGGGGAAAAAAAAAAAAAAGAAGUGGGGAAUUCAAGGGUAUUGCCAACUCUGUGGUCCCCCUUACUGCCUGAGCUGCUUAUGUUGGCAUAUAGUGUGAGCAGGUGGCAUUUAGGAAACUUAAAAUAACUGAUUUGGGUUUUCACGUUGGAAAAAUCGUUACAGUUUGAGGUUUCUCUCACCUUCAAAGAAAAAUGAUUACCAUGUUACCAUGGUUUUUAAAUGCCAUAAAUAUUUACACUCAUUUGGAAA